AUGCUUAGCGUUGUGCCGCAAAGAGAGGUUAUUGCUCUAUGGGCCAAGUGGUAUGAAGUAAGGGGCACCCUUGCAGCAUAUGAUUGGUUCCGCCCUAAAGCUGAGCGCAAACUCUGGCCGAGAUUCGUUUGGAAAGACUUUGUGCCACAAAAAUAUUCAUUCACUACAUGGCAAGAUGUGAAAGGCCGUUUGGAAACUAAGGCAACUAAGGACAUGCUUGGAUACAUGGACAUGGAUCAAAAUUGCCCUCUUUGCAAGUCCAACAUUGAGCCGGCCUACCACCACUUUUUGAAGUGCAACAAGACAAGAGAGGUGUGGACAGCUAUCAAAGGAUGGCUUGGCUUGCGUGUAACGAUUAACACCAUCCCCAGUGCCAUCAAGUGGAUGACUAAAAAAAAAGCCUCAGUCGUGAUCCGGAAAACUAGAAGACUAGCUCUCAUGACAGUAGUAAGUCUCACUUGGAGAACCCAAAACUCCCUGGUCCACGAAGGUACUUCAUUCGAGCCCAAACACAUAAUUUUCGAAGUGAAAAAGUUAGCGUAUGCUACUCUUUACACCAUUUAUCCGCAUGACUAUGUCCAAAUGUACCUUGGUGUAUAA